AUGGCAACGCCUGUGGAGCAGCGUCAAACCUCUAAGGCAACAUACGUGAGCCAUGCCCUCAACGCCACUGGCGUCCUCAACAACAAGUGGUUCAACCCUUCCACUGGCCUCUGGCAAUACUACGAUUCGUCGAGUGAUCAAUGGACGCAGCUAUGGUGGCAAUCAGCAAACAUUCUCACGACCAUUGGCGACCUUGGAGAGGUGGACCCUAACUUUCUCAACCAGACGAAGCAGAUCUACAAGGAGGUAUUCUCCCCAGCCAGGGCCUACAAUGGCGGCAACUGGAUCAACGGCUACUAUGAUGACGAAGGCUGGUGGGCACUAGCAUGGAUCAAAGCCUGGGACCGGACCAACAACGGCACUUACCUUAAGGCCGCCGAGAACAUCUUCACUAACCUGCUGACUGGACUUAAUGCUACAUGUGGCGGCCAAUGGUGGGACAAGACGAAGCAACAUAAUAACGCGAUCAACAACGAGCUGUUCCUCGCGGUCGGCGCUGCUCUUGCAAACCGUGUCAGUGGCAAGAAGUCUUACUACACGAAAUAUGCAGUCGCUCAGGCCAACUGGUUCCUAAAUGCUGGACUUCAGACCAAGAACAACACGUUUCAUGAUGGUUUCGCCGUUUCCGACUGCUCAGCCGAGGGCACCGUCUUCACAUACAACCAAGGUGUUAUUCUUGGCGGUUUGGUCGGGCUUUAUAGAUCUACCGGCAAUUCGACGUGGUUGGAUCAUGCCGAAACAAUCGCUACGGGUGCUGUCAACAGUCUCGUGGAUAGCAAUGGCAUAAUGACCGAGACUGGCGAAUACCCGACGUCUGACCUCACCGCCAGCCAGUUCAAGGGCGUACUAGCACGCAACUUGGCAUACCUGUACAAGUACCGGAAGAACGCCGCAUACAAGACAAUCUUGACAAAGAGUGCUGACUCAAUCUGGAGCAAUGCGCGAUCCAGCGAUGGGCAGCUCGCCUCUAACUGGCAGGGCCCCGUAAGCAGCUUCUCGCCACCAGCCCAAGGUUCAGCGCUGGACUGCCUAGUCGCUGCUGCAAAGGUGUCGUGCUAG